AUGGAGAAAGGGGCUAGAUUUGAGAAAGAGAAUACGAACAAGAAGAAGACAGUUAGUGAUGACGGCUUUCUCGGCGGUUUUUUCCCUGUCUCCACCACCAAGAUCGCGUGGAAAUCAAGAAAAAGAUCAGAAGCUUCGAUUGCAGCAUCAGUGAAUCCAGACAAGGCCCCGGAAGCUGUCAUGGAGGUCACACCAGAGAAGAAUGAGACAACAACAAUGGAAAUCGAGAUAGUUGGGGAACCAAUGAACACAACUCCUGUCCUGUCCGAGAAAAGAAAAGCUCUGUUUGAGCCACUCGAGCCCAUUACAAACUUGAACGGGAAGCGACCAACGGCGGCUGAUUCAUUGUUGCCACCGCCAGAUUUCGAGUCUGCAAACUACCCGAAAGGCUGGUUGAUCGGUAAGAAGAGGAAGCUGGUGAAUGUUGAUGUGGUUGAGAGCAUGCGAAGAAUCGCUGUCCAAGAAAUGAACAGAAAGGAUCGAGAGAUAGAUGGGUUAAACGAGCAGCUAGAAGAGGAUUCACGUUGCUUGGAGCAUUUGCAACUCCAGCUGCUACAAGAGAGAAGCAAGAGAACAGAGAUCGAGAGAGAGAACACAAUGCUGAAAGAGCAAGUCGAUAUGCUUGUCAACAUGAUACAAGAAGAAGAAGAAGAAGGUGCAGAAGAACCCUAG